GCUCAAGUAAUCGACCCGUCUACUUGUACAGACUCUCCUAUCGUCGCUGCCGCUAGCGUCUCCAGGCGGACGUCCCACUUGCUGGUCAGGCGUAACCCUGCGACACAUCCUACCAUGACUCGACCACUCUCUACAUAGCUUCUUCUGUCCCUCGCCCUAUGCAAACGCAUCCUAGGCCGCUAUUUUCUAGCCUGGCCUCAUUCCUUGUAUGGGUACCGUCGCCCCUACAUCCUCGCCCACUUCAUUGGGGCAUCGCUUCCGAACUUCCGAUAUUGUUGGCCUCAGCCUUGCGUCAAAGGAUCACUCCCAUGAGACCCAACGCAUCUAGUACCCUGGCCGACCACCUGCACCAUGUCUACCUUUGACGGAAUAGUCAAGGAAUUCCCCACUAUCCAAAUAGACUAUUUCUGGAAGCACAAGGACAAACAUACGGCCGCAUAUUUCCUCAGUCAUGUGCACAGUGAUCAUCUCAUGGGACUGGAGUCGGUGAGGUCGGCCUUUGUCUACUGCUCGGCCACGACAGCAAAUAUGUUGUUGAAUAUGGAGAAAUACCCUCAUCGAAUCAAUCUCGCAAAGGGGAUUCUCGAGCGUCGUAUUCAGACAUAUCGUCAUCUAAAAAGCGUGUUACGAAUCCUUCCCCUGCAGACUCCUACCGAACUUGAGCUAAGUCCCAAAUCUACCAUCCGAGUCACCUUGUUCGAUGCCAAUCACUGUCCAGGAGCUGUCAUGUUCCUGAUCGAGGGUAAUGACAGGGCUAUCCUGUACACCGGCGAUGUCAGAGCAGAGCCAUGGUGGGUCAAUUCCAUUGGGCAAAGUCCCUCAUUAUUACCCUACUCCGCUGGCGUCAAAAUCCUCGAUUGCUUGUACCUCGACACAACAUUUGCAACCCAUGAGGAACCGUACCGUGAUUUCCCCACAAAGGCUGACGGCCUCAAGGAGCUGAUGCUGAAAGUGUCAAUUUGUCCACCUGAUAGUCUCUUCUAUUUCAGGGCAUGGACAUUGGGCUACGAGAACGUCUGGAUCGUCCUUUCAGAUCUCCUUCAAUCCAAGAUUCAUGUGGAUGAGUACGCAUGUCGACUAUUGAGCGACAAAUCCUGUCGUGGUGACUCUGGCUUUUCAGAGGGUCCUUCGCUGACAGGAUACCAGCUAGGUAACGUCUGGCAUCAAGGCUGUCUUUCUCAAGACAAUGCCACACGCAUUCAUAGCUGUGAGCCUGGAUUGCCCUGUCAUCGUGAGCUGUCCAGAAAGAAGAAUGUCAUCUGGAUCACCCCCAUCAUUUCCAGAUUGAAUGAUGGAACAGAAGUCGGCGAAUUAGGUGCAGGAGGUGGUUGGGGCGACCUGCAUUCCAAAUCAGGCCUCAACCUGGAUAGUGGUAUUUCUUUGGAUCAGAUCAAAGCAUUCAUGCAACUGCAUCUGGACAACAAGGAACAGAUGACUGUCGUUGAGGAGGCACUGGCGCAGGCUUGGAAACUGCGCAACUUUACAUUGUUUCUCCAAGGACUAGAAAAUGUAUUGACGGGCGAUGAGCUGGUAUUGCCUCUCAAGGAGAUGAAAGAAGCUCUGAUGGGUUUUGGUAAGCAAGCGGGUGGCCCACCCGCUCCCACAAAAACAGGAACAUUGUCAGGGACGAACACCACAAUACACUUUCCCUACUCUCGCCAUUCGUCGUACAAUGAACUACGCGAUUUGGUUGGCAAGUUUCGGCCCAAGGAUAUCUGUCCAUGUACGGUCGACGAGAGUUCUUGGUGUGAAGAUCUAAGUAUGGAAGCACUGUUUGGGGAUUUGUGCUCCGACAAGACAUUUUUCUAUGAUGAGUCAAUUCGUCGGAGGGCAGAGGAGGUCCAAGCAUUAGCAUCGUCGACUGGCAACAAAAAGAGAAAGAGAGAUCUUGGUGACAGCCAGGAAACAGUGUCAAAGAUGAGUUCUGACGAGGACGUCGAGUAUAUCAGUGCGGUGACGGAGGCCGAAAGAGAGACGGACAGCAAGAAGGAUCGAGACAAGCCAAGCACUCAGCCUUCAUUGACAACGGGUCAAUCCGAUGUCAACUCCCUACCAGGAUAUGUGGUCGAGAUCAGUAAAGUUCAGAGUGCAUUUCGUCGAAUCAAUUCCAACUCUGAUGUGAUCAUCAUUGAGGACGAUUCGGAGGAAGACUGUUCGGUUGACACGUCGGUUUUCGAUGGAGAGGCGGAGGACAAUCGCAAGUCUGCCAGAAUAGGAGCUUACAAGGCAGCGAAGCAGUGUUUGAAAGGUCAGGACGACUCUGAAUGGAACUGGUAUCCUUUGAGAAGUGCUGGUCGAUCACACGAUGAUCAAGACGAGCUGGAACUGUGAGUAAUCUGACUCGAACGAAAAAAGCCUGGAAGAAGGAAGUCAGCGAAUGAGCCUUGUAAUAUUAACAUAUAUGAUACCCUGAAAGUAACGAGAAAAUGAAAGACACCCAUCACAA